AUUGAUGCCCAAGAUUGAGAAAGAAAUUCAACGCGCUGAACUUUGCGAACAGCAAAUGGAAGAUUUACGCAAAGCCAUCGUGGAACUCGUAUACAAAGACUGGGUUUCCACGGAAAAAGCACAAGAAUUCCUAGGGUCAAAAUUGCCAGAGAUGCUGAAGGAAUUCUCGCAAUUCCUGGGACUGUACAACUGGAUGUCUGGCGACGAGAUCAAAGAUCGAAGCACGAAAACAGCGCAAUUCGGCUUCAAAGACGAAGACAUGAACAUCAGGUUUCCUCCGGGUUCCCAAGACUCCACGAAAAUGAAAAUCUCUAAAAUCGUAGGAAAUCACGUCGAAAAGGCUCCUACUGCUGUUGGCUCAUCUCAAACCGAAGAAGAAAAAUCACGCGAGGACGAUGAUGAUGAUGAGUCUCGAAUCUUGACACUAACCGGUUCAUCUGCUGCUGAAGAAUACCUCGAAGAAGCCAUGAUGGAAACUAUGGAACCCAAUUUUGACUUUGCCGACGACGACGUAUUCCUGGAAACUGAAAAUUGCGGCGACACUGAAGACAUUAACGAAGCGGCGAUGAUGAAGACUGAAAAAACCUCCAGGGACCAAAAGCAGCAUAACAACGAAUUAACUGCUGAAGAUAAAGUUGAAGAAAAAUCAGCAGUUGCCGGGAAUAACACGAUCAUCGUCCAGGAACAAACUGCAAUAGUCCAAAUUCUCGAUCAAGAAAAGCAAGACGAAGGAAACAUCGACAAAAGGGAAAACAGCACGGCAGAAAAAGACGAAGAAGAAAAUUGUGAGGAAGAACAAUUAAUAAUCAAUAGCGAAGAAAAAAAUGUGGCAAAUGCUGACAACCAGUCUGACAUGAAGCAAGGUAUUAAUUCAGAUCCUGAAACUUUAAAACCCGAUCAAGAAAACCUAGACGAGAAAGAUAAAAAGGCAGACGAAAUUAUUAUUCCGAAAUCUGAAGAAAUCGAAGAUCAGGACGGUAACAAAGAAGAAGGUGCGACGACGCAACUUCCUCCUUUUCUUACCGUGCGUCGCACUGUGCAUAAAGCUUGGAGUAGCAGAGUCAGACCGAGUGUGGCGAUAUACGAAUCCAAUAUGCGUCGUAGGUGUGACGAUGAUACUGCGGAGGAUUACAAAUUCUUCAGGCCGGGUUCGGAUCACGCACAUACACAUUGCAAUCCAUUAACCGGAACACCAGUUUGUAUAGAUUGUGUUCCUCUCAUGGCUUCACAAUCAACUUCCUCAGCAUCACUCACCGAAAAGGUCGACAGAAUGAACCCCUCGUUGAUUUCCAGAUCCAUGGUAUUUGAACUCGUCCAUGGCGUAGAAAUUCGGAUUGGACACGGCCCCAAGAGCGAGUCCACUCGGUGGGUCAUGCUUGUACAAUUCCGAAACUGGGUUCUGUCCGUAGGCCCAGAUCAGGCAUUGAAGCCCCCCGAGUCAAAGCCCGGGGUAUUGGUGACCUCUUCAAUGGUGGGUCCAUUGAGUGGAUCCGGAUCCGUGGCGUUGACCGGGAAUUUCCGACAAGAUGAGGUCAAAUAA